GAAGUUUGUUACAGCAAAUUGUAUAAGUGCAGCAAAAUAUUGGGUUAUGCUCAAAGAAACAAGUGAUCGAAUAGGAACUAUUUGUCUCGAUACGGAUUAUCAAAUAUUCGGAAAAAACAAACUCGCAAUGACAGUGAUGGAAAAUUAUAAGAGUAAUAUGGGAAAAUGUUGGUGCGCUCCGGAUUUAGGAACAAUUUCAUUAUCCAGUCAAGUUACAUAUAUGAAUAUUUUUCAAGCG